GAAGUGUGACGGAGCAAGAAGUUGAUAAAAAGAUGAAAGCUCAAUGCUUGGAUUUGGAUAGAAUUAGCAGCCUUCCACCAGAUAUAAGUGAAUAUAUUCUAACUCUUAUGCCAAUCAAAGAUGCAUUGAGAACCAGCAUUUUGUCAAGGAAAUGGAGAUAUUGUUGGAAGACCAUGCCUAAACUUGUAUUUGAGGGGAGUUUGCGUGAUUGUGGACAGUCAGAGAUGGAUAAGCUUGUCUUUGCCCUCGUCCUUAUUUUGAUUCGGCACGAGGGUCCGAUAGAGGAGCUAGCUAUUUCUAUUGAUGCAUACGAUUCAGAUAUGGUUGCUGAGUUUAACGACAGAAUACGUUAUCUUUCAGGGACCAAUAAAGUGAAAAAAUUGAUCUUUGAGCCUGUUGGAAGAUACUACUACCAGCUACAGCCUCCCUUCUUUUGUUUGCAGGGAUUGGAACUCCUACAUCUAGCAAAUUGUUAUUUUGAACAUCCACUGACAUUUCAUGGAUUUAGUGGGUUGAAGUCACUGGAGUUCUUCAAUGUCCUGAUUAAUCCUCAAACGUUCAAACGUUUCCUUUCUGAUUGCCCACUACUUGAACGUAUCUGUCUGACGGGCCAAUAUCAGCGCCGAUAUCAGGGCCUCCUGAGAGAGAAUACGUUUACGUUUGUUGAGCUGUUAACCUGUGUACCUUUGAUUAAGACUUUGCAAGUCGAAGAUGAUUAUAUGAGGUACUUGGCCACAGGUGGUAUGCCACAAAAGCUUCCAAGUUCACUAAUUUACCUCAAACAUCUCUAUUUGGAUGUGUGCUUGAUGGAGCAAGAUGAAAUUUCUUCUGUCCUUUGUAUGAUCAGGAGUUCGCCAAAUUUAGAGCAAAUUUCUUUCCGGAUGUUUAGUAGUAGUGAAGAGUUUCCUGUUCGAAAAACAACCUCCAUGGACUUGCUUGAUCUACGAGACGACAUGAGUUUAAACCUGGAUCAUCUCAAGAAUUUUACAAUAGAAAACUUUGGUAACUUGGCUAUUGAGAUUAAUUUACUGAAACUCUUCCUGGCCAAGUCACCUAUGCUGGAGGGUGCUUGGUUAGAGCUUAGUAGCGAUGUUUCGGUCGAUGAAGAAGUGAGGUUGCUUAGAGAUCUAGUACAAUGGCCGCCAUAUCUACGUGCAUCACCUUCUGCAAAACUCACAGUUACGCGCACGACUGAAAGAUUAUGUCAAUUGUGAAUUUGGAUUAUUUAUUACGUUUAUGUUAUUUUUCAUUCAGAAACAAGUUCUAAGUGAUCCUGAAAAGGGUGAAGUGUGUGACAAAGAUGGAAAAUCAGGAGUACAUGAUGACUCAAUUGUGGAUCCUCCCAACCAUUUUUUGCAUGCUUUUUGGAGUGAUGUGUUUGAGGAUUAUAUUGGACAACUUCAUAUGGCUUUCAUACAAUCUGUACAAAUGCACAAGCAGUUGCAACUAACUUAAUCAUAGUGCUAGGAAGUGAUUUUGUAUUGUCUGAGAUUAAUUUUAAAUUGAUUCUUAUGCUGGUGUUUAAUGUCUAUAAUUGCACUUUUUGGA